AUGGUUGGGAAGAGAAGUGUAAACGCAGCUGAAAUUCGAGGUUAUAUAAAGACUCGAUGCCAGCUUGGCGUAUCAGCGAAGGAGAUUUUUGACGAAUUGUGUGUUCAUGGACAGAAUGAAGUGUCGUAUCCCACCGUCACGAGGUGGAUUAAGAAGUUUAAAAGCGGUUGUGACUCCAUUAAUGAUGCACCAAAAUCGGGACGUCCUUGUAGUGCUACUUCUAACACUAUGGUUAACAAAGUAUGUGAUGUGGUUAAGUCUGACGCCAGACUAACUGUUCAUCAGAUAGCUAGUAGAGUUGGUAUUUCAGCCGCAAGCGUAUUCCGCAUUCUAAAACGUAAUUUAAAAAUGAGACGUAUUACAGCUAGAUGGAUCCUUCAUUUGUUGUCAGACAAGCAAAAGCAUGUCCGACUUGAAACCGCCAGAAAACUGCUUAAAAUGUUCCCAAAAUAUCAAAGAAAGCAGUUUUCUGACAUUAUUACUGGAGAUGAGACAUAG